GUCUGACGCGGUCAUAAUGGGAGGGAGCUUCUUCUCCAAUCAACGACUCUUCUAAUUUGGUCUCUUCCCUCAAACACGACGGCGUUUCUUUCAUUUCUUCCACAUCCCUAACAACACCACCAGAAGAACACCAACACAAAUUUUAGGUAAAUCACACAAUUCUCUUCCUUCUUCGCUCUAAAAGUUUCAACUUUUUUUUCCACCUGAUCGUAACGAUCUCAUAGGGAAUUGCAAAAAAUAUUCGAUUGUCUAUUAUCAGGCAAAUUCGAAUUUCCAGAACAUUCAAAUGGGGAGCUGCGUCUCUAAGGGCAAAGGAGACGAUGAUUCCGUCCAUAACGUCGAGUUUUCCGGUGGCAAUGUUCAUCUGAUUACAACAAAAGAGAGUUGGGAUGAGAAAUUAGCUGAAGCUGGUCGUGAUGGCAAAAUCGUGGUUGCAAACUUCAGUGCGACAUGGUGCGGUCCAUGUAAGAUUGUGGCACCAUAUUUCAUCGAACUCUCAGAGAAACACCCUUCUCUGAUGUUCCUUCUUGUAGAUGUUGAUGAACUCAGCGAUUUUAGCUCAUCAUGGGACAUAAAGGCAACACCAACCUUCUUCUUCCUAAAGAAUGGACAACAAAUAGGCAAGCUUGUUGGAGCAAACAAACCGGAGCUACAGAAGAAGGUUACUUCUAUCAUUGAUUCUGUGCCUGAAAGUCCUCAACGGUCUUCUUGACUUUCGCAGCCUUGUCUUCUGAGGUCUUCUUCUUCGCGGUGAUCAAUGGUUGUAAAAUGCAAAAAAGUUUAAAACCGUCACAAAAAAAAUUGAGUUAGAUCAUCUUGUUUUAUAUAAUAUGCAUCUUUUUCAUUCUCAUUACUCAAUAUAUUAUUGAAUCGUCUCAAUCUAAAUGUGCAAGCAAUAAGGCUCUCUCUGUUUUCA